AUGCCCGUGCUGUACCUCGACGGCUCCGUGCUGUGGCUGGGACUGAUGUUUCUCCUCUACUGGAACUUCUUCCGGGUGUACUCCGACUUCUCCGUGACCCUGCUGUGGACGUGCAUGAUUUACGUGGUAAAACGCGUCAUGCGACGCGUGUUUUGCGUCCUUGAGUGGGCGGCGGGUGUCAAUCUGCACGGCGCGGGGGAGUUGGCUGCCGCCUCCCUCGACGGCGCGAUGGAUACCCGCCUGCUGUGGCCGGUGCCCGCCCUUGUCGUGCUGGGCUACUUGGCCGGGACGAAGGCCACUAUCACGUGGUGCAGCGCGUUUCUGCUCCUGCUCGCCCUUAUGUGUUGGUCGUCGCGGGUGGAGUGGCAGGCCGCUGCGUGGCCGGACCGGCGCUGCUGGCGGUUUCGCGCCUUUACGUUUGUCUCAGGGUGCCUGGCCCUUCUCUGUGCGGCGCUGCAGUGGUCCUACUUUGCCACCUGCCCGCGACCGCGCGACGACGCCAACGAGACAGUGCACUACACGCUCUUGCUCUGGUCGGCGACGCUGUCGAUUCAGCUGCUGCAGGCUUUCAUCUUCAUUGUCCUGCAUGUUUUUUACGCAGCGACGGCGUUGGACCGCGACGGGGGCGGCUUUGACCCGAUGGAAAAUACAGGUCUUACGGUGCGGUGCAUGGGGGCCGCCGCUUCGUUUUUGGCGGCCACCGUUUACUGCUCCGACGGGGCCACAACGUUUAUGAAGCUGUCUGUGAUAACGCACUUUUGCUUUUUGCUGAACGAGGUGCUGGUACUGCGCCGCUCCUGGAGCGUCCUGCUGCCGUUCCAGGAGGUGCAUCUCUCAGGGCACUGUGUGAUUUGUCUAGACUCCAUUAAGCCGUGCGAGCUGGCGCGCAGGCUGCACUGUGGACACGUCUUCCACAGCCGCUGUCUGUAUCGCUGGCUGAUGCGCUCCGAUCAGUGCCCUACGUGCCGCCACUCCACAGAUCCCACGCACGACGAGUUACUACGAUCCGUUGAGUUCACACUGGAGCGUCGCCGUGGCAGGAGGCAGCGGGCACAAAACAUGCAGGACAUCGGGGUACAGACGACGUUCGAGCUGGAGUAUGCCUUGCGACCCGCAACGUUUCAGGGCUCCUUGCAACCGCUGCUGCGUCCCGCAGCUUUGACGGUGGAGACGAGGCCGCAGGCCGGUGACAGCAGUAGCAGUAGCAGUGCACUGAUGACAGAGAUGCCUCCGACGGCGCCAGUGAUGGUGGGAGGUCAAACAUCACCACCAAUACCAACACCAUCACCGCGACAGGGGGAGCUGUCAUCUUUUGAAGCGACGACGGGUGUGCCACGUGCGGGGCCACCUGCAGAAGCAGCGGUAUCGGAUGAGUUCGCUGACAACCCUAUAGUGCAUGGCAAGGGAAGGGGUCCAAGGCCAACGCGCAGACGGAGAGCCGUGGAAGAAAUGACCAGAACAGCUGCCACAGUGGAUGGUGCUGACGCUGAGGCGGAUGAAAUAGGGGUGGAGACCGCGCCGUUCAAGAAGGUGAAAAUGGAGAAAAGGUUACACGCGAGUGAAGGAUAA